AUGGAGCUCACUUUUGUCACUGAACUCGGACAGUCGUUCGUCAUCGAGAUUGACCCGCAGAUGGAACUCGAGAACGUGAUGGCCCUCCUUGAGGCAGAGUCAGGCAUACCAGUCCCAGAGCAAAGUAUAUCACACGAAGGACGCGACCUCAGCAACCCGAAGGCGACUAUGGAGGAAUGCAGCGUAGGUGACCACGCUAUGUUGCUACUCAGAAGAAAGGUGACUAUUGCGGGAAGGGCCGCCGAACAGGACGCCGAAAUGAUACGGCUACAGAUCCUCGGUGACCCAAACAUGAUGAGCCAAUUGCGAACGGUGUAUCCGGACUUGGUUGAUGCUGCUCAGAACAAUCCAGCCCGGUUUGCUGACUUGUUGCGGGAGACACACGCUCGCAAUCUGGAAACGCAGCGCGAGAUUACUGAACUGGAAGGGGAUCCAUUCAAUAUUGAGGCACAGCGUCGGAUUGAAGACGCUAUUCGCCAGCAAGCUGUGAUGAACAACUUUGAGCAUGCGAUGGAGUAUUCGCCUGAGGGCCGUGAGGUCGACCUCCUCUUCGGUCUGGAUAUGCUGAAGGCUCACCAAGCAUGCAUCGAUCUUGAGAGGGACUGUCUUCGUAUUCAAGGACGUGAAGUCCGUUUCCUCGCAGAGCACGAGCUCCCUCAAAAAGCACGCGACAUGAAUUACGGCCGUCAAAAUGAACUGGCGGAGGCCGCCUCAGCGUCGGGAUCCAGCGGCUCGACUUCCGGUCUAGGCCCGAGUCAGUCCUUCCCUGGGGCAGGUCACACACUUGGAGCAACUCCCGCACCAGCUAGAAGUGCUUCAAUAUCGCCACAGUAUUCGGAGGAGGCGAUCCAGGCUUUGAUGAAUCUCGGUGCAUCAAGAGAAGUGGCGAUCCAAACUCUAGAUGCGGCUGGCGGAAACCUGGACGUGGCUGCUUCAUUAAUGACAAUCUCCGGAGAAGACAAAACCAAUGUAUGA